AUGACUGCAGGACACAAGUUCUUUGGGAAAAGAGGUCUAGGAGAUCAGCCAGAGCUGCAGCCAGGACCUACUGAUAUAAGGUUGCAGACGGAUCUCUGUAAGGAAAAGAAUGCCUGCACUUUGGGGAAGCAUGCAAUGCAGAUAACUCAGCCCACUUUUUCUGCUGAAGGAAACACAGGUGAAAGCCUCUUUUUGUGUGGAGUUUGGGUGACCUUCCUGAUGCAGCCCUGGUUUGAGCCAUUUUACAGCAAGGGAGGAUGUUUCCACAAAUCUGACAAAUGGAUCGGGCUCUGUAUAUUUCACCAUGAGAGUUGUCCACUACUUUUUCAAAGGACAAUAUCUAGGGCAAUAACUCUUUGCAAAACUGUGGGAAAAGGGCGAUUUGGUGAGGUUUGGCAUGGCAAGUUGAAUGAGGAAGACGUAGCCGUUAAAAUUUUCUUCACAUGUGAUGAAAAGUCAUGGUUCAGAGAAGUUGAAAUCUACCAAACUGCCUUGCUUCGACAUGAAAAUAUCCUUGGUUUCAUUGCUGCUGACAAUAAAGAUAAUGGCAUGUGGACUGAACUUUGGAUUGUGUUAGAUUACCAUAAACACGGUUCUCUAUUUGAUUACUUAAACAAAUCCACUGUGACUGCAGGCAGUAUGGUGAAACUUGCCUUCUCUAUAGCAAGUGGACUAGCACAUCUUCAUAUGGAAAUAAUUGGUAUAAGAGGUAAACCUGCCAUAGCACAUCGUGACCUUAAAUCAAAAAAUAUCCUUGUGAAAAGGAACGGAACAUGUGCCAUUUCUGAUUUGGGUUUGGCUAUGCGGAACAAUUCAACAGAUAUGAUUAAUAUUGCUGAUGGUCACAGAAUCGGAACCAAGAGGUACAUGGCCCCAGAGAUUCUUGAUGAUUCUAUCAAUACCAGCCAUUUUGAUUCAUUCAAAUAUGUGGACGUAUAUGCCUUGGGUCUGAUAUUUUGGGAGAUUGCACAGAGAUGUUCUGCUGGAGGUGUCUGCACUGAAUAUCAGAUGCCUUAUUAUGAUCUUGUUCCUUUGGACCCUUCUAUAGAAGAUAUGAGAGAGGUUGUCUGUGAACAAAAACUGAGGCCAAGUGUUCCAGAUCAGUGGCAUUGUUCUGAGGCGCUGCUGAGGAUGGUCAAAAUCAUGCGGGAAUGUUGGUUCGCUGAUGGAGCAGCACGACUGACAGCACUUCGCAUCAAGAAAACCCUCAAAAAUCUUAGUGUGCAGCAAGGUGUGAGCAUCAAUUGA